CAGCGGCUGGGGCCAACCCAACGCUGUCCGGCGGCCAGCACCCUACUCCGCCUCCCUUCCAAGCCCCGCCGCGCGCGUCCUUCCCCAGAGUCCAGCUCCUCCUCCUCCUCCUCGCCGAGAAGCACCGGGCACUCGUCGGCCGUCUCCUUCCCAGCAAAAAUGAGGUUUUCCGCCUUACGCCGCCUGCUCUGCAGACCAGCCGGGCCCGCCAAGAAAAACGUCGGCGGCUUCCCUAGCAAAAGGCUGCGCCCCGUCGUGCCGGCCGCUUGCUCCGCGACUCUCUCGCCCCAGCGAGGGAUAAGCAGCAGCACGCGGCACUGCGGCGAGAAGCAACAAGGCACCGGCAGCGAAGGCGCUCAAAGCUCCGCGCUGAGAGAAAUCAUUGAAACCUCAAGAAAAGCCCUGUAUUUACUGAAGCAAGAACACCCUAAAUUUAAGCCAACACUUUCUGUUAUACAGGUUGGUGAUGAUUAUUUGGGACAAGAAAUUAUCAGAAACGUUGCUAAAGAGAUUGGUGUGGAUAUUGUUCAUAUUUGUCUUCCCCAUGACAGUACUGAAAAUGAGGUCAUAGGUGAAAUUGAAAAACUCAACGAGGAUCCUAGAAUUCAUGGCCUUCUCCUCCGCCUUUGUAGAGAAUCGUACACAAGCAAAAUAUUGAAUGCUGUGAAACCAGAGAAAGAUGUGAAUGGAAUAACAGAUUUUAAUUUGGCAAGAUUAGUGCAUGGAGACAUACGUGAAUGUGUGGUUCCCCCUACUGCCAGUGCAGUGAUCAAACUUCUGGAAAAGCAAGCAUGUACUACCCUAGAUGGGAAAAAAAUAUUACUUUUGGGCGUCCAAGGACCUUUGGAAGUUUCCUUGCAGUGUCUUCUUCAAAGAAAAGGGGUCAUGACUAUGAGCUUGUCAUGGAACAUGAAACAACUCCAGACAAUGCUUCGUGAUGCUGAUAUGAUGGUCGUGGGCAGUACCAAACCUAAAGAGAUCUCAGUGGCUUGGAAAAAUCCUGAGAUCACUACAGUGGAUUGUUCACAAGGCACUUUAUGGGGACAGAACACUUUUCGUGGACAUCCAACAAGAGGCAAUGAUUGCAAUCUAGGUGAGGCUGUAGAACAUCUGGCAUUGGCAAUAUGCAUGCAGAACUUGGUAAAACUCAGUGAGCUACAGAUAGCAGCCCAGCAGUCUAAGGAAUGGAAUCUAAGUUGCUUGAGUCUACAGCCCAUUUCACCUGUUCCCAGUGAUAUUGAAAUUUCCAGGGGACAGGCUCCAAAGCCUAUCCAUAUUCUUGCCAAAGAGAUAGGAUUGCUCACAGAAGAAAUUGAAAUCUAUGGCCAAACCAAAGCCAAAGUACGUCUUUCUCUGCUGGAAAGGUUGAAAGAUCAGCCAGAUGGAAAAUAUGUACUGGUUGCUGGGAUUACACCGACACCCCUUGGAGAAGGGAAGAGCACAGUGACAAUUGGCUUGGUCCAAGCACUGACAGCCCACCUUAAAAUAAAUUCCUUUGCCUGCCUGAGACAGCCUUCUCAAGGACCUACUUUUGGUGUUAAAGGAGGAGCAGCAGGAGGUGGAUAUUCUCAAGUCAUACCCAUGGAGGAGUUCAACCUUCACUUAACUGGUGAUAUUCAUGCCAUUACUGCAGCAAAUAAUUUGCUGGCUGCUGCCAUAGACGCUAGGACACUACACGAGAACACUCAGUCUGAUAAGAGGCUCGGAAUAACCAAAAUGGAUCCUAAAACAUUAACUGCAGAUGAGAUUAACAAAUUUGUGCGACUUGAUAUAGACACAUCUACAAUAACAUGGCAAAGAGUGGUGGAUACAAAUGAUAGAUUCCUUAGAAAAAUAACAAUUGGCCAAGCAAAUACAGAGAAGGGAUUUUCUCGCCAAACUCAGUUUGAUAUAGCUGUUGCAAGUGAAAUAAUGGCAAUAUUAGCAUUAACCAGUAGCCUGUCUGAUAUGAAAGAGAGACUGGGGAAGAUUGUAAUUGCUAAUAACACAAAAGGGCAACCUGUGACAGCAGAAGAUUUGGGAGUAACUGGUGCUUUGGCAGUUUUGAUGAAGGAUGCAAUUAAACCAACACUGAUGCAGACUUUGGAGGGUACUCCAGUUUUUGUGCAUGCAGGACCUUUUGCAAAUAUUGCACAUGGCAAUUCUUCAGUUUUGGCAGACAAGCUUGCCCUGAAAUUGGUCGGCAAAGAAGGAUUUGUAGUAACUGAAGCCGGUUUCGGUGCUGAUAUCGGAAUGGAGAAAUUCUUCAACAUCAAAUGCAGAGCUUCUGGCUUGAUUCCCAGUGUGGUUGUGCUUGUGGCUACAGUGAGGGCUUUGAAGAUGCAUGGAGGUGGGCCAAAUGUUAUAGCUGGAGUACCUCUUAAGAAAGAAUAUACGGAAGAGAAUCUCAAGUUGGUGUCAGAUGGUUGCAGCAACUUGCUGAAGCAAAUUCAAAUUACUCAGCAGUUUGGGGUUCCUGUUGUUCUGGCUCUUAAUGUUUUUAGAACGGACUCGCCUGCUGAGAUUAAUUUAGUCUGUGAGAUAGCCAAACAGUCUGGAGCUUUUGAUGCGGUCCCUUGCCGGCACUGGUCAGAGGGGGGCAGAGGAGCUAUGGAGUUGGCUGAAGCUGUAAGGAAAGCUGCUAACCAACAGAGCAACUUCAGAUAUCUGUAUGACCUAGAGCUUCCCAUAGUUGAAAAAAUAAGAAUCAUAGCUCAGAAGAUCUAUGGAGCUCAGGAUAUAGAGCUGUCUCCUGCAGCACAGUCUCAAAUAAAUUGUUACACCCAACAGGGAUUUGGGAAUUUACCUAUUUGCAUGGCAAAAACCCACCUGUCCCUUUCCCACAUGCCUGAGAAGAAAGGUGUUCCCACUGGGUUUGUUCUGCCUAUCAGCGACGUAAGAGCUAGUAUUGGAGCUGGAUUUAUUUAUCCACUGGUGGGAACGAUGACCACUAUGCCUGGAUUGCCCACAAGGCCUUGCUUCUAUGAUAUUGACCUGGACCCUGAUACAGAACAAGUAAAAGGGUUGUUUUGAAUGUUCAAGCUAAAACACAGCAUCAGAGUCUUGAGAGAAAAAUAUUGCAGUUUCUAUACUUCAAGAACCAAGAACGAAUCUGAAAGACAGUUAAAGCCUACAUUGGAAGAAUAUUGUGCUAGACUGAAGCAGGGUGAAUAAGUUCAUCUCUAAAGAAUUUUAUAUUGAAAACCAAAGCCAGAACAACCAAAAAAACCUGUUUCAUGCAACCCAUGCAAUGAACUGUUUUGCUGAACAUGCUGUUGCACUAAUUGUUUGCUGUAGUAGAUGUGAGGUCUGAAAGAGGGAUGUAUGCAUAGUGAUGGAGGGGGAAGUAACCACUCUUAAGUUAUAUUUGAACCAAUGUGCAAAAUGUUGAGGUUAAUGUCAAU